CACAGUCUGUGGUUGUCAGCAGUUGUCACCCUUCCUUACAGAUUUGGGUUUUUAAUUUUUCAUUCUAAAAAUAAUUUAUUGUAAAGGUUUGCCUUUUCUCAUAGUUAAUUUCUGAAUAAAACGGAAUAUGUCUGUUAUUUCGAGAAAUGUUUUUCGUGCCUUAAUCCAGGGAUCACAACAUAUGAACAAGGGUUUGCACACGACUGCCGUAAAUAGUGAUAAAAAUGUAUGUUUUGCACCACAGUCAAUCAGUACCCUGCAAGCAAGUAAGGAGGGUCACAUUAAAUGCACUCUGAUCCCUGGUGAUGGAGUCGGGCCAGAGCUUGUCUACUCCGUUCAAGAGGUUUUCAAGGCGGCGAGUAUUCCGGUCGAUUUUGAGUCGUUCUUCUUCUCUGAGGUGAACCCGACGCUCAGCGCGCCGCUCGAAGAUGUCGUCAACUCCAUUGCAAACAACAAAAUCUGUAUUAAGGGUAUCCUGGCGACACCAGACUUCUCCCACACGGGCGAGCUUCAAACGUUGAACAUGAAGCUGCGCAAUGCCCUGGACCUGUAUGCCAACGUGGUGCACGUGAAGUCCUUGCCCAACGUGAGCUGCAGACACAAGGAUGUGGACUGUAUCAUCAUCCGGGAACAGACCGAGGGGGAGUACUCGGCGCUCGAGCACGAGUCUGUACCUGGUGUGGUGGAAUGUCUGAAGAUCAUAACGGCGGCUAAAUCGGAGCGUAUCGCUAAGUUUGCGUUUGAUUACGCCGUGAAGAUGGGACGGAAGAAGGUGACUGCUGUCCACAAAGCGAACAUCAUGAAGCUUGGAGACGGGCUGUUCUUGAGGAGCUGUGAAGAGAUCGCUAAAUUGUACCCCCGCAUCCAGUUCGAGAAGAUGAUUGUCGACAACUGCACCAUGCAGAUGGUAUCAAACCCGAACCAGUUUGACGUGAUGGUGACCCCCAACCUGUAUGGGAACAUUGUGGACAAUCUGGCGAGCGGGCUAGUGGGGGGUGCAGGUGUGGUCGCCGGCGCUUCAUACUCCGCAGAGUGCGCCGUGUUCGAGCAGGGUGCGCGCCACAUAUUCUCGGGCGCCGUGGGUAAGAACAUCGCCAACCCGACCGCCAUGUUGCUGUGCUCGGCCAACCUGCUGGCUCACGUCAACCUGCACGCCUACUCCAAGAUGAUCAAGAACGCAGUCAACAAAGUGUUAUCAGACAACAAGGUAAGAACUAAAGAUCUCGGAGGCCAGUCGACCACCAAAGACUUUACCAACGCCAUCAUUCAUUCACUCAUUCACACAUAAUUGUUGUUUGUGUUCAUGAACAUUAUAUGAAAAUUUUACUAAGGAAAAAUGAUUUUAUGAAUAUGUAGCUUAGAACAAUUGAUGAACAUUUGCAAUUUGUUUUCUUAAAACAAUAAUUAAAAGUGUGAAAAAUAAUUAGAUUAAUUAUCCAUAAAGUGUUAUUCUGAGACGAAUAUUUUAGGUUAUGGAACGGUAUUUGAAUAACCGCCAUCUUCCUUUAUUGACCAAUCACAGGUCUGCUAAUAAUAAAUCAACUGACUGACUUACAGUUAGUUGUCAACCAGAACAUUCAGAUUAGACACAAUUUUUGAUCCUUUAUGGACAUAAACAAAUCUAUCGUACUGUUUUCAUAUUUUUAUUAUAUCAUAUUUAUAUUAUAUCAUAUUAGUUAAGUAUAAUUUAUUGAAUAUUAUAUUUAGAUAUUAUGGUCUGUUUUUAGUAGCAGUAUUAUUCGUUGUUGUUACCAAAUGUAAAUAAAAUUACUCAAUAGCUA